CCGAAUAUGACCCCAUUAUACUACAGGUCUAUAGAUAGGAACACCACUAACAACGAAAAAAUCAAACAACUGCAUAACUCUAUUGACAAAUUCUUUACAAGGUCGGUGACACAGCUUCACCAAAUCCAGUGAUUUUGCGCGGAACCCCGUCCGAAUAUAUCGGGCGUGACCGCUUCUAUCCAUUAAGCUGGCACUGAUAGCAAUCCCUCGUCCUUCUUUACACCGUAUAUAGUCGAGUGCAUCUUACACGCAUCAGCAAAAGGCCAAAAGUGCCAAGUCGAGUAAUCAUCGAUGACAAUAAUUAAGCAAUGGUGGCAUUUUGCGACCUUGCGGUCGUGGAACCUACUAAAUGGCUGCUCGCAAAUCGUGUUCGGAACCAAUGAAUAUUGAGAUAUAGAUUAUGUCGCACUGCGGCGUGAAGGAUUAUAUCGUCACGUGUUAGAUACUGGAUGUUACGGAAAUUUUCAGCGAGAGUAAUAAGGAGCUUAUAUACCCUCUAUUUCUGUUGAAAAAAGUGAAGAGAGAAUGACUUCUUAAGCACCGUGUUAUAACACAAAUACCUUGAGUUGGCAUGAACUCGCCAUUAGGAUUUCGAAUGGCGACGCAAGAGGGGGCUCAAUGGCCUCUAGGCUCCAUACAAUUCUCAUCAUCCAUUUCCAUCGUCUGCGGAAUAGUUGCCAUAAUCCUUUAUGUGUGGAUACCAUCGCGCAACAGUCUCAAAGAGCUGCCUUGUAUAAACCCUGCGAAGGGGUUCUUAGGCUUUGAAUCGAAGGUUGGUUCGAAGAGAAAGUUCCAAGAAUCCGGGGAAAGCAUGCUGGUCCAAGCUAGAGAGCGAUAUCCCACCCAGCCGUAUCGAAUCAAUGUGGAGAUGGGAGAGAGAAUUGUCUUACCCCCCGAAUUUAUUGAAGAGAUCCGCAAUGAGCCCAAUUUGGUCUUUGAGGGAUCUUUCGUAGAGGACUAUCAUACUCAUCUACCCGGGUUUGAGCCACUCGCGAUGUUUCAUCACGAUGGGAUAAUGCAGGCCGUAGUCAAGAAACACCUGACCAAGGUCUCUGCUAGCAUAAUAAAAGCGUUGUCGAAAGAAGCCGAAUUCGUUCUCUCCAGAGACAUAGGCAACGAUCCAGAAUGGCGUGAGAUGAGAGUGUUACCCCUUAUCCUCGGAAUCGUCUCGUCUCUAAUGGUACGCACCUUCCUUGGCGAAGAACUAUGCCGGAGUCAAGAAUGGAUGACGGUCACUCAGCAAUACGUACAUAAUUGGUAUACCGUGACACCAAAGCUGCAUAUGUACCCACGGCCACUUCGAAAGAUUGUACAUUGGGCCUUUCCCGAAUGUAGAAGGCUCCGGGCCCUAGCUAAAGAAGCACCACGACUAUUAGCACCGACAAUUGCGAAACGUCGUGAGAUCAAGCAAGCUGCCGCUGACGCCGGCCACGAAAUUCCUAGGUUCGAUGAUGCCUUUGAAUGGCUAGAGGAAGAAGCGGCAGCAAAAGGGUUGGUUUAUGACGAAAGUUUAGUCGCGUACUUCCAGAUAGCCAUGACCCUAGGCGCGGUUCACACAACUACUGAUUUGUUGGAACAAUUCAUGAUCGACCUCGGACGGCACCCCGAUGCUACCCAGCUCAUUCGUAAUGAGGUCAUCCACCAUCUUCAAGUUGAGGGGAUGUCAAACUCGUCAUUUUACAAGAUGAAACUGCUGGAUAGUGCACUCAAGGAGACGCAGCGUCUUAAGCCCGUUGAAAUGUUAAUGUUGCGCCGCCGGGCGGAGGGAGAUGUGCGUUUAUCGAACGGCCUUGUACUAAAGAAAGGUGUGCAGACUGUUGUGGAUCCGUGCCGGAUGAGAGAUCCAACCGUGUACGAGAACCCGAACGAGUGGGACCCGGCCCGUUUCGCCAAGUUACGCUCGCAGACCGGUGGAGCGAAGACGGCGCAGCUGGUAAGCCCAAACCGUAACCAUCUUGGAUUCGGUUAUGGCAACCACGUCUGUCCUGGUAGAUUCUUCGCUGUGACCGACCUUAAAGUAACUCUCUGUCAUUUGCUGGUAAAAUACGAAUGGACUAUUUCUCCAGAAACAAACCCAGAUCCUAGGGCGGUAGGAGUGUUACUCAUCCCGAAUCCUAAAGCCAAAAUCUUGAUUCGUAAACGAGAAAAGCCAGAGAUCGAUUUUGCAUUGAUCUAAGUUACAUAAGUGUGUUAGUUUUCUUUUUCUUCUUCUUUUUUUUUCGGGGGGGUUUUUUAUUUCGGGAUCCGACAGUUUGUUUUAUCAAUCCUUGUCCGGGAUGAUGUGGCUUUAUAUUCAUUCGUACAUCAUCUCUAUGAGUCACCUUGAAGUCUUGGAUCUGUGGAUACAUAGUAGUACAUGACUACUAUGUAUGCAUAUAUAUUAUCAAUGAUGUAGUUACUAAUUGAUGUAAAUAUUUACCUUUUAUUUUGCGACAGCCAGUUAAAUUUAAUGGUUACAUAGUAGAGUCUUGAAAUCAGG